AUGGAAGCAAGCACUAAGACACAUAAUAAAAACAUAGAAAAAUUAACUGAUGAGGUGAGAAAAUAUAACUUGGACAGAGCUCAAAUUAACGAGCACAUGGACGACACAAAAGACCAAAUGGCCUCUAUAAACAAACAAAUCGGCGAGAUACAGGAAGGCCUCGAAUAUUUGUGUGAAUCUGAAAAGAGAUCACCCGAUGGUGUGUAUUCAUGUCCCAAAGACGAGAAAAACGAAGUCCAGUCCGAAAUACGGGUUGACGAGAAUAAAAACACACAAGGUGUGGAAAAUCAAGGCGCGAUACAAUAUAAUCAGGUGAGAAACGGACUAGCCCAAAGUACAAUCACUGACAGAGGGAGUUUCCAGAACGGCGAGGAUAAAUUAACUUUGCAUAACAAAAUUCAAAAACUAAUUGAAUCAGAAGUAAAAAGGGCCACCAAGAAAAGUAAUCAAAAUGAAAUUACAGUAGAGGAUUUGAAAAAUACAUUGAAAUUAGAAUUCUUGAACAAAGGUGCGAAUAAUUUUAAAAGAGAUUACAAACUGAACAACAACAUGAAAUUUGAAUUGUUUCUUGAUUACUUUUCUUCGGAAUUGAGAGCAAAUAAUUUGCAGCACAUAAUAGAUGAGAAAACUGAUUUUUCCAAAUUUGAAACAAAAAUUUUAGAGGAACAAAAAUUUAAGGUCAGAGAUAUUUUAAUAAAUCAUUUGGAUUCAAAUUAUCACAAUAAAAUCAUAAACUUGAAAGAACCUAUUGGAAUUUUGAAAACUUUGAAAGAAUUUAAAAGGUGUGAAAAUAAUGUAACUUCCCAAUCUGUUAGAAAAACAAUUUACACUAUGCAAUAUAUUAUUGGAAAGACAAAGGCUGCCGAAUUUUGUGAAAACUUCGAAGAUACGAUUAGAAACUAUGAGAAUUGCCCUGGUGCAACCCCUCUGUCGGAUGAUGAGAAAAGAGAUGCGUUUUUCGGAGCAGUUAUGGUUUCUGUCCCUUCGAUACAAAAUAUCGAAUUCUUGACUAAAACAACAAAAGGGCGAAAUCUCACAUACGAAGAACUCAAAGUUCUUGUCCUACAGGAAGAGGCGACGAGAAACCAAGGUGCGAGUGCUACAAAUGUGGUGAGAUCCGCGAACUAUACCGGGGCGAGGGGAAGUAGACAAGGAAAUCGAGGUGACUACUGCUACGAAUGCGGUAGCUACAGCCACAUUGGAAGAAACUGCCCCAAUCGGGGCAGCAAGGUGUGCUACAAAUGUAACAAGCUGGGGCACAUCAGCUUCCAGUGUCCCGAGCACCCGAACACUUCCAACAGAGGAAAUUCGAGACGAGGUAAUUCAAAUUUUAACAAUUCGCGUAAUUUUCACGGGUACUCUAGAGGACACGCGAGAGGGAAGAAAAGGAAAUAUAACGAUGAGAACGAAAACGACGGAAUUUCCAAACGGGGAAAAUUCAGAGGAGGUGCGCGAGGUAGAUUCAGAGGUAGCUUUAGGGAAAGAGGUAGAGGUGGUUACCGUGGCAAUCAGGGAAACAACAACGAUAGCAAUAAAGGCGGUAAUCAACAAGGAAACUCCAACCAACCAACGAACGAAAACUCUGGAGGAAACUGCAACCAAGGUGAGUGCUCAAUUGAGCAUCCUAAAGCUAAGUACACAUGCGAAGGCGAAUUAGUAUCAAAUAUCAGCAAUUCGAAAUAUCAAGCUUUUCACACGAUAUAUGACCAAAGUGAUUUGGAAAAAUAUGUUCAUAGAUUCAUAGCUGACUCUGGUGCGACAGAACAUUUGACUAAAUCCAAAAUCAUUUUCAAAUCACUAGAUCUUUCGAUUUGGGUACAAUUAAAUGUGCAAAUAAAAAUGAUUCAGCCGAUUUGA